AUGCGCUCCGGCGCCGCUGGCGGUCCAUAUCAUCGUCCUGCAAGUCCUCAGCGGCCAAGCCAUCACGACAUCGAGCCUAUAUCACCGGCCGAGUCGCUGCCGUCGGAGUUCCGCUCCCUGCCACCCUGUCGCAAUCAAACUCCCUCCGCCGCCCACCAGUCUCUCAACGGGCUUGGCCUGUCACACCCAGAAGAUCUUCCGAGCAACGAGAGUCCUCGCCAGCAAGAGCUUGGAAUAGGAGAUGAUGGAGUAGCUCGUCUGCAGCACAGAGCUGUCACUCCAUUGCACCGCAACGACCACCACCGCUCGCGCAACCAAGGAUGGGCUGAACUACAAUCCCCUCAAUCACGCGGCAAUCACGCCCAAAGAUUCAGCAAUCAUGUGCGGUCGCGUUCGACCAUGGACGAUCUCGCCAGUGCCGCGCUUAGUCCGGCUUCUCAAUCCAAUCCGUUCGCCGUCAACGGGAGCCCAUCCCAAACUCGUCCUUCCACAUCACACGUCAGUCCAUCACAGUAUCGCGAGUCGCCCUAUGAGCCGCCAGCCAAAAGGGUCAAAUCAGCCCACAUACCCUCCACAGAAUGGGCGUCGCAGCCUCCCACGAACCACAUCUCCGUGCGUCGACCAAGUCAAGCAGAUGAGGCCGAUGUAAUGCUGCUUUUGGGUCUGAAGCAAGAGGUCAACUUCAAAAGACAAAUCACGCCUCAAUUGAACCAUGCGCAAUUGCACCGCAUCGCCGAACAUCAGUCACCGAAAUACAAUGCCUACACCCCCGAGCCAGUGACAGCGCAUGCACGCCCAACAUACUCACCUGACGCCAUGCACAUCGACGAAUCUGGGCCUUCCGUCACUCAAGAACAAGUCUACGAAGCACCGGCGCUUGCCCCGCCUAACGGGCUCACCGCGACUUACGAAAACGGCGACGCGAAUGCCCAACCCACAUCAAUCCGCCCUCCAGAACCUUCAAGUUCGACGCUGAACGUCAAAAAGGCUAGAAGACUGAAACCAGACCAGAUCGAAAAGGAAGUGUGCGCUCAAUGUGGCAAAUCGGAGCAGAGAACAGGAGACGACGAGAACUCCAUCUCGUGGAUACGAUGUGACGUGUGUAACAGGUGGUUCCAUUCCCUGUGCGCAGGCAUCAUGGGCAAAGCAGAAGCCCGAGCCAUCGACAAGUUCAUCUGCAAGUCAUGCGAACCAGAGCAUGGCGAAACGACAUACGUGCGGACUUCGUCACGAGCCAGAACGGCCAUCGACUACGCCGGCCUGAACCAAGGCGUGAUCAAAUCAUCCGUUGAGACGUCUCUCCACCACUAUAUUCAACCUUUUCGAACAGGAAAGUUCAAGAUCCAGCCAGAUGAUUUUGCAAGGGUUCGGCCGGAGCUCUUGACGGCCGAGUUCUUUCAAAGCUUCGAUAACAUGAAAAGGCCUUUCGUCGUGCCAGCAGCAUGGAAUCCCCGUUUCGGACAGAGAAGCGAAGAAACCGAGUCCGAGACUGCUGAGAAAGGCACCGACACACGCAUCGACGGCGACGGCAACCAUACUACCGAGACCGAAGUGACAGCUGCAGCGAACGACAACGAAGAAGUGAUCGACUGCGACCAAGAUCAUCUCGAUAUGGUCAUGCCUCGAGGCCUCACAGUGCGCAAAGUAGCCAAUAUUGUUGGUUUGGAUUACCCGCUUCCAGGUGUCAUCGAUGUCAAGAGUCAAGAAACGAAGGGUGUCUGGACCUUGGGGAAGUGGGCAGACUACUACGACGAGUCUGGCGAGAAGCCUGUACGAAAUGUGAUCAGCCUAGAAGUCUCGGAGACGAGCCUAGGUCGGGUGAUGCGACGGCCCAAAGUUGUUCGUGACCUCGAUCUUGAGGAUCAUGUGUGGCCUUUCGAGCAAUACCCUGACAAGAAGAAGAAAUCGGUGCAGUUUUACUGCCUGAUGUCAGUCGCUGACAGCUACACUGACUUCCACAUCGAUUUUGGUGGCUCAUCCGUCUACUACCACAUCCUCAAAGGCACCAAAGUCUUCUUCUUCAUACCGCCGGAAGACCGCUAUCUCAAAAAGUACGAGGAAUGGUGCAACUCCAGCACGCAGAAUGAUACCUGGCUGCCAGAUCUCUGUGGCGGGAACGUGACUCGAGUCGACUUGCAUGAGGGUGACACUGCCUUCAUUCCGGCAGGAUGGAUCCACUCGGUUUGGACACCAGAAGACAGUCUUGUCAUAGGAGGCAAUUUCUUGACCAAGAUCGACUACGAGGCUCAGUUCAAAGUUGCAACCAUCGAGAAGAACACUCAUGUUGCGGCGACCUUCCGAUAUCCAUUUUUCCAGAAGGUCAUGUGGUACGCUUUGAUCAAGUAUCUGGAAGAAGAUCCUGUCCCUAAAGAUGUCAUGGAAGAUUUCCAGGAGGACCCUGACUUCACGUUUCUUCGUGCAAAUCCUGUAUGGCUCGAAAUCGACGACCUACAACCCACGGCUGAACCAGGAAGCGCGGACUUCAACUACAGAUUUUACCCUAAGUCUGAGAUCAAAGGCCUACCAGCACUUCGCGACUACCUGUAUCGUACUGCUCGGAUUGCCUCUGAUUUGCCAGUUGACAAUAUCAACAAGAAGGCUAUCGAUGCUGUCAAGAGGUCCGUUCCGAAGGAGCACGGCGAUCCCUUGGUAUUAAUCAAGACGUUCGCAAUAUGGUACGCCUGGAAGACUGGUGGUGAGAAGGCUCCUGCUUGGGUGCACGACGAUGAGCUCGAAGGCUCCGAAGCCGCCAAGAUCAAGAAACAAAAAGCUGUUAACCAUAGGAUUCCCGGAGAACGCACGUCGUCCAGGAGAAUCGCACAAAUUGAGCAGAAGACCGAAGAGCAGGCUCAAGAAGCAGCAGUUGUCGCGUCACAGCAAGGAGAGACAUGGCCAGGCCGAGAGUCAACGUUUCCCUCCGUGGUGACACCCUACAAGCCAGGCGCGUCUGCCCCCGGAGUCAAUUCGGACGCAACCAGGAAACACAAGCCUGCGUCUACGAAGCCAACCACCGUCAGACAAGCUUGUGAUGCCUGCCGCAAGAGGCGUGUCAAAUGCCGACACAGGGAGGGUUCUGUGCCUGUCAAUGGCAAGUCAUCGUCACCAAGGAGCAUAUCGCCGAUGGGAGAUUUCAUCCCACCGACCAACGGCGCCGGCCACGAUGAUCAUGCAGCUCAGCCCGCAGACGCUUUCUCGUCGAGUCUCGCACAAGCCGCGCUCGCUUCGAUGGAUGCGCCGAAUUCAGAUGCCCUGCUCAACAAUAAUGCCGACCAGAGUCCACCGUCCGGUAAGAAAAGUCGAAGUAAGGCUUGUGAUGAGUGCCGCAAGAGCAAGCGCCGAUGUGUGCACGAUGAAUAUGGGAACGUUGAUCCGGCAAAGGCUGCAGAACCAACUAAGCCGCGAGGUUCGACAAGCUCCAAACGACCUGCACGACCUAGCGAUGGCGAGUGGAGCAUUAAGGAUGCUCGGCUUGACAGCAACUCGUCGAACAGAGGCGGCGACAUUAGUGCUCUGAUAGACCCAGCGCUGUUCGCAAGCUCCAGUACAGCGGAUUCGUCUGGACAGCCAGUGAAACCUGAAGCGCCGCUUUCCAACGGCGUUGGAGUCACACCAUCAGUGGAAAGACCUAGGACUUCCUCAGGCGCCAUGAUCAAGAUGGACCCCGACCAGAGAUCGCCAAACAUGAUCCAUCAGCUCAGCACCGAGAUCGCCACAGGAUAUGUGGUCCCGGAGCACGCUAUUGAUGACUCGGAACCAGUUGCGACAAAUACUCCUGCAGCGAGUAUGUCGCCUCCGCUCCAGCGUCAUUCAUCCCGGCAAUCACAGACAGUGCAACGCUUCGUGCCUGACGAGUAUCGGACGCCAAGCAAGCCUGCGCCUGACGCAUUGCGUCGUCGCUCGAGCGCAAGUGGACCUGGCGGCCCGAUGGGCGCUGUCAGUCGCCGAUCGUCCAGCCAUACUUCGGACGCAAUCCACGUGUCGCUCACCAACGGCGUCAAGCCUUCGACCGGAAGUAAUGGGGAGCGCCCUGGCAGCAGAGGACGAUCAAGUACAGCCGAAAGUACCGAGUUGACAGCGGAUGAACAACUUGCCAGAACACUACAGGCUGAAGAACACGGGCUGAGACGGCGCCAGAGCAUGUUGAGGAUAUAG